AUGACUGACAAGAAAGGAAAAGUACUCGUUGUCUCUAACAGACUCCCAGUGACCAUCGAAAGAAAGCCCAAUGGAACAUACCAUUACUCAAUGUCCUCAGGAGGGCUUGUUACGGCCCUUCAAGGACUCAAGAAGUCGACCGAGUUCCAGUGGCUCGGCUGGCCCGGUUUGGAAUUGCCUGAGAAUGAACAGGACAAAGUUAACCAAGACCUUUUGGAGAAAUUCAAUUGUACUGCCAUCUUUUUAAGUGACACCAUUGCCGAUUUGCACUAUAAUGGUUUCUCCAACUCGAUCUUGUGGCCUCUCUUCCACUACCAUCCAGGUGAAAUGAACUUUGAAGAGAACGCUUGGGCUGCCUACAUCGAAGCCAACAGAAAGUUCGCUUCCAAGAUUGCUGAGCAAGUGGAAGAUAAUGAUAUGGUUUGGGUACAUGAUUACCACCUUAUGUUGUUGCCUCAAUUUCUCCGUGAAGAGAUUGGGAACAAGAAGAAGAACAUUAGAAUUGGUUUCUUCUUGCACACUCCAUUCCCAUCUUCUGAGAUCUACAGAAUCUUACCAGUUAGAAAGGAAAUCUUAGAGGGGGUAUUGAGUUGUGACUUGAUAGGCUUCCACACUUACGAUUAUGCUAGACAUUUCCUCUCGUCUGUGCUGAGAAUCGUCCCCAACGUAAAGACAUUACCCAAUGGUGUAGAGUUCAAGGGAAGAUCGAUAGCGAUCGGUGCCUUCCCUAUUGGUAUUGACGUUGAGAAGUUCACUGAAGGAGUUCUCAAGCCAAAUGUUGUUGAAAGAAUUUCGCAAAUGAAAUCCAAAUUUGGUAAAGACGUCAAGGUUAUGGUAGGAGUAGACAGAUUGGAUUACAUUAAGGGUGUUCCACAGAAGUUACACGCCUUCGAAAUCUUUUUGGAUGAAAACCCUGAGUGGAUUGGAAAAGUGGUAUUGGUACAAGUUGCGGUCCCCAGUAGAGGUGAUGUUGAAGAGUACCAGUCUUUGAGAGCAACGGUUAACGAAUUGGUUGGUAGAAUCAACGGGAAGUUUGGUACCGUGGAGUUUGUCCCUAUCCACUACAUGCACAAAUCUAUUCCAUUUGACGAGUUAAUAAGUUUGUACCAUCUUUCUGAUGUUUGUCUUGUCAGUUCUACCAGAGAUGGUAUGAAUUUGGUCAGUUUUGAAUACAUUGCCUGUCAGCAGGAAGGUAAGGGUUCGUUGGUGUUAUCUGAAUUUGCCGGAGCUGCACAAUCUUUGAAUGGAGCUAUUAUCGUCAAUCCUUGGAAUACAGAGGAACUCGCUGAAUCCAUGAAGGAAGCCUUAACAUUACCAGAAGAAAAGAAAAGUUCAAACUUCGAAAAGAUGUUUGGCUACAUUUCAAAGUAUACAUCUGGAUUCUGGGGAGAAAGUUUUGUUAAGGAAUUAUAUAAGAUCAGAAGUUAUGAUCAGAAUUAA